AUGUCAGAAGAUAAAGUUCCAAAGGGCGCAUAUAUUAACAAUCCAGAGUUUCCAUAUAAAAAUUUGAAUAUUAAAAAAAUAGAAAAAAUAAGAAAAAGUGCAAGUUUAGGUAGUCAGUUUUCGAUCCAUAAAAAUCCUGCUAAUGAUGAAUUAGAAAAAGUAGACCAUACCUCUAAACAAGGAAAUGCACAAAAAUAUGCAAAUAAUGGAAAUAAAAAAUAUAGUAAAGCGAAAAAUUUUAUAGAAAGAAACAUUGAAAAGAUAUCUAGUUUAAGUAAGAAAAAUUAUACGUUUAUAAAGACAAAAAAGACAUGUAACAGAAGUCAUGCCGUCGGUUAUGAUUUACAUAAGGAUGCAAAGGGAGACAUAAAGGAAAGGACCACUAGCAUUAUGAGUGGCAGUCUGCUAAAAAGUAGGACUAUAAGUGGUACUACAGGACACAGUGAUGCUAAUAAUAGCGUUAUCAAUAGUAACAUUAAUAAUAAUAGUAAUCAUGCCUUAAAUAAAAUUCCAACAAAUUAUGUAAGGCAUAAAACUACACUCUUUAAUGCAAAAAAUAAAAACACAGAGCACGAUUUGACGAGAAAAAAGGCGUUUUCCACGAACAUUAAUAAUAAUAAUGUGCCAAACCCUUUAGGAAAUGCCAGAAAAUUCCAAGGAAUAGUUGAAAAAGAGAAUAAACAACAUAUCUCCACCAAUUUUGAAAGAUCAAAAACUAUGGAAAAGCAUUACGAUACUGGAGGUGGUGAGGCAUACAACAGUGCUAAAAUUAAUAACCAUGUAAAUAACACACAAGGAAUUUUCUCUCAAGGAAGCAUGAAGCAAGGAAUCGUCACACAAAAAGCAUCCACCCAAGGAACCAGCACGCACAACCACAGUAAUGCACUUUUGAGAAAACAAAAAUCUGUCCACAGUGAAAAUACGGUAAGUAAAAAUCUCAGGGAAAACGUACCUGGCCAAGGAACAAGAAACAAAGACACAGAUCAUAAUAAAGGCGAAGCUCGUUUGAAACAAAAUGUUCAGAUGAGAAAUUCAAUAAUAAAAAAAAAUGAAUGGGUUGAUAUGAAAAAUAGGAACACUAGCAAAGAAGAAGAAAAAAAUAAGAAUCAGUAUUUUAAUGCCCCAUUUGUGCAAUAUCAACAAGAUAAGGAAGAAAAUCUGUUAGAUGAAGAAGAGAAGAAGAAAAAAAUAAAAGAAAAAACAUUAAAAGAAAGUUCAAACUUAAUAUCAUCUUAUCAGGAAUAUGAAUUAAAAAACAAAUUAAGUAAUCAUGUAAUAAAUAAGAAAAUAAAGCAAGAAAAUACAUUCGAAAGUCAAAAAAGUGGUUAUAUUGAAACAGAAAAACCAACGCAUGAUAAGAUGAACAAAUCUGUAGAUAUAAAUUAUAAAAACUAUCCUCGUGAACUUAUGCAGACAGAUGAAAGGGAAAAUAUGUAUAGGAAAAGUAAAUCUCCAUAUACUUACUAUUACAGUGGACAUGGGGUAGAAAAACAAAGGCAUGAAGAUGCACCAAGAAGGGAACAAGAUUUACACGGGGAUGAAAAUAAUAGAGAUGGUGAUUUUUAUGGAAAAGCUGAAUUGUGUGAAGCGAUUGUAGUGGAUGAUAUAAAUGAUAGUAACAGAGUAAAGGAAGUAGAAAAUAAAGAAGUGGAAGAAACGCAGAAAAUUGAAAAAGGGCAGGAUUUACAAGAAGAGAAAAGUAUGAACCAAUCAGAGCUUUACAGCAAUAAUGACGAUGGUGAUGGAAAAAGAAAUUGUUUAGAAAAAUCUAUAAGUCUAAAUGAUAAUUCAUCUAUCAAUACUUUAAUAAAUUACAAUGUGAAAAAUAAGAAAGAAUAUGAAACUUUUAAUGAUAAAAUAAAAUUAGAAAACGGAAUAAGUAACAAACUUAGGAGUUCUGAUUAUACAUCUGAUGUGAUUCAUAACGAAACAGUUAAAAUACUGUCUACUUCCAAUGAGCAUUUGGAUUCAUCUGAGAAUAAAACAAAUGAAAAAAAAUAUUCAGAUAAUAAAAAUUUAAAAGAAGUUUAUGAAAAUAUUAAUAAUAACAUUCGAGCAUUCGGUGAGUUGCUUUCCAAAAAAUUUGCGAACUUAAAAAGAAAAAGUGCUACAUCAAAUGAAGCCCGUGACUUACAGGAGGAUAUGGAAUGUCCUUACAAUUCUAAUGAAACUAUAAAUGAGAGGAGUGAAUGUCUCAUUUCGAAUAAUGCAAAUUCUACAAAUGAGUACCCAGUCCUUGGGGGUAAAUUUCUGCAGAAGGAUCCUUCAGUCAAAUCUGGAGAAUGCAAAAGUGAAGAAAUGGUAAAACCUAUUGAGGAACUCCAAAGAAGUGACCAGACAUCAAACAAAGAAGAAGAAAAUUUCCAUUUUGAUGGAAAUAUUUACAACAAAGUUAAAAGAGAAAGAGAAAAGUUAACGAAUGAAAAUAAAUAUAAACAUCAUAUUAACACACAUUAUGACAAAAUAAGGGACGAACAUGAAAGAGAAAUGAUAAUUAGAGAAUCAUAUAACAACAAGGAAUAUGUAAAUAGGGAAAACAUACAUGAAAUGAAAAAGAUAGAUGAUAGUGUGUGUAAUGAAUAUAUUAAAAAAGGUGAUACUAUAUGCUCUGAUAAAAGUUUAUCUGACCCAGCAUCAGUUCACAAUGCCCAUAUGCUGAGACAUGAAAACAGUUUGGAAAAUUUGAUCGAGGAAAGAAAUCCUUUAAAUGGAGAAAUACUUAAUAAAAAUUUUUCAAAUUCUUAUGAUUAUGAAUUUUCAAGCUCUAGGAAAGCAAACCACAGUCUUUCUGGAAGUAACUUUUCUCCCCUUUGCAAAAAUUAUUCUACUGAAGAGGCAAAUGAUCCCGAGGAAAAUGUUGAUAAAGCUCAGAGUGAUGAUGAGGAUUAUAAGUCUGUGACGGAGAAGGUAUCGACAAAUGAUGAGCUGGAGGAAGAAGAAGAAUGGGAAAAUGAGAAACCACACAUUGGUGAUAAAAAUGAAGAUGAACAAUACAAGGAUGAGGCUAACGGUGACAAAUCACACAGUGAUGAGUAUAACGAUGAGGAGAAAAUUCAACCAAGCAUUAAAGAACCAAUGAAUGACGAAAAGAAACACGUGAAAGAGUAUAAUAAAGGAUAUUUUGAUAACAUAAUAAAUGAAAACUCUGUAGAAAAGGAAGAUUUCUGUUUUCCUUCUCCUUCUCCUCCAAGUAAUAAGAUAGCUAAUGACACCUUUUUAACAAUACAUGGAAAAGAUGCUCAGAAAAAUGAGUAUAACGAUUCAGGAAAUUUUAAUAAGCUACAUAAGGACUCUUUUACGUCGAAAAAUCAAAAAAAGGUUGCAGAAGAAGUCAUACAACAUCAUGAAGACAUGCCAAAGGAAGAAGAGGGAGAUAAACAAAAAUUCCUUUGUAGUUCCAAUGACAUAUAUCACAUUGAUGCAUUGAAGACGUACAAUAGUAAAUUAUCCCUUGAAGGGAAGAAUACAAAGAAUAAUAAACUUAUAAAUAAAAAUAUGAUAUUGAAGGAGAUUUUCGGCUCUAACUAUGAAUCCAGCUUGAAGAACAAUCUCAACGAGUCUACUAAUAUGAUGGGAAUAGAAGAGGAUGAAUCAGUGCAAAAAGAAGAGUAUGAAGCAGUGGAAAAAGAAGAGUAUGAAGCAGUGGAAAAAGAAGAGCAUGAAUCAGUGGAAAAAGAAGAGCAUGAAUCAGUGGAAAAAGAAGAACAUGAAUCAGUGGAAAAAGAAGAGUAUGAAGCAGUAGAAAAAGAAGAGGACGAAGCAGUGGAAAAAGAAGAAGAGGAAAUGAAAAAUUACACACAUAAGGACAAGAUAGAGAAAAUGACAUCCAACGGAAAUAUUGCAAUCCUGAGUGAUGAUAAGAACAACCGUUUUGUAAGUAAUAAACCCACCACAAGAGAUGUGAAUGAUGAAUUUCAUUCACAGUUUGAUAAAGGCAACAGUGUGGAAAAGGACACAUUUGGAAGUGAAUUAGCUAACGAUGAAGAUUCAUUACUUAAGAGGUAUGAAGAGAAUUCAUCACCUCUUAUUUUGUCCAAGCCUUUAUUUAAUGAUAAAACUAGUGAAAGUAGCUAUAACAUAAGUGUGCGGAUGGGACAAGUCAAAAACGAAUCGAUAAAUUUUAAGCACAUGACCAAUGAUGGUACUAACAGGAAUAAUCACGACAUGAGAAAAUACAAUGAAGAAAAUUUUUUAGAAAAGGGAGAAUUGCUAGAUUUAGAUAAUACCUCAGAUUAUACAGAGAAGAAGACACAAAGCAAUAAUGAAGUUUCGAGUGAAUAUAAGGAAGGGGAAUAUACAUCAGAAGCGGAGUCCGAUCAGUUGGUACGAGAAAAAGAUGAAGGUAUAGAGAAGCAUACGCAUGAUAUUAGAAAUUCUAAAUGGAAAAAGCAUUACGUAAGUGGUGGAGAUGUGCCUGGGAGAAACAGCACAGCGAAUGAUGGAGAAGAGGAAGUAGGAAUAGAAGCAGGUGAAGAAGUAGGAGCAAAAGUAGAAGAAGCAGAAGUAGGAGCAGAUGUAAAUGACGAAGAAGCUAGAAAGGAGGAUGUGGCUAAUGAAGAAUGGCAUAUCGAGGAUAUAACACCCCUUAAAACAGUUAACGGUAAAAUAGUGCUAAAUAAAAAGAAAGGAGAAUUAAUAAAUGAACACUUUGUGAGAAAACGACAGACCAAUCAACACUCCUAUGAAGAAGUUCCAUCCGCUAACAAUUUUGUUGAUGAAGAUGAACAGGACUAUGGAAUUGCUCUGAAACAUAUGGAUGAGAAGAAAAAAAAAGAAAUAGAUGAAGAAAUGAGGAAAUAUCAGGUAAGGAAAGACAAUAGAGAUGGACAGUAUCGUAAUUUUAAGGAUUAUAUAAAAGGAGAACGAACGGAAAGAGAACGAACGGAAAGAGAACGAACGGAAAGAGAACGAAUGGAAAGAGAACGAACGGAAAGAGAACGAACGGAAAGAGAACGAAUGGAAAGAGAACGAACGGAAAGAGAACGAAUGGAAAGAGAGCAAAUGGAAAGAGAGCAAAUGGAAAGAGAGCAAAUGGAAAGAGAGCAAAUGGAAGGAGAUAAAAAUCAUGCGGUUGCAAAACAAAUACAAUCGAAGAAAAGGGCAUGGACAAAAACACAAGCAGAAAUAUGUGAGGAAGACGUGAAUAGUUCAAAUUUGUUUUCUCGUAGAAAUGGCGAAAUACAUGAUACAAAAAAAAAUGUCCUUACAAAAUACAUGGAUAAGGAAUUCUUAAUAUAUAAAGACAAUUUAUGUGGAGAAAAGCAAAGUGAAAGAAAUAAAAGCAAGUCCCUUUUAAAUAAUGAAUUAUUAGAUACACAUUAUGAUAACAAAGUUUGGAGAAGUAAGGAAAGGGAAUUUUUAUUUGAUUCGAUGAGUGAUAAUUACAAUUACAUUAGGAAAGGAAAAAAUGGUAGGAAAAACACUGAGAUAAAUUUGUAUGAAAAUAUUAAAGGUAGAAUAGAGAUGAAUGAACAUAAAGAGAGUGACCAUAGUAGCAAUAAUUUGAAGAGUAGAAUAAGUGAUGAUUACUAUUUGGAUUAUAUUAAGAAUAGAAGAAAAAAUAGCAAUAAAUUUGAAGACGAAGAAGAAAACGAUGCAAACAAUUUCAACAAAUUGAAAAACAUUAGCAACGAAAGUGAGUUUACAGGAAAGAAAAGAAAAAGGAAAAAUAUAUUCGAAAAUGACAGUAUCACAAAUGAAAGUAAAGAUGAAACAAAUUUUGAUUUACCACAUAAUAACAAUGAAUACCUUGACGAAAUGAAAAAGAAAAUGAAAAUGAAAAAAAUGGAUAAUAUAAAUAGUAGCAAUAUAUCAUAUGAUAAUAGUGAAUGCUCUAAGGCAGCCGCAUUAUAUAAUAGUAUAAAUGAAACAACUAAUAGUAGCCACACAAUCGUGUCGAAAAGGAGUAAAUAUAUUUUGAAGAACUCAAAUGCUUCAUCUUUUUAUGAUGAUGUCCCCAUGUUUUUUAAUUUUGUCAACUGCUGUUCGAUAGUAUUAGGAUCUGAAAUUAUAUAUGUAACUGAUGAAACGUAUGGUAAAUGUGAAAAUAUUUUAAAAGACAAACCCUUCUACACUGCAAACGUAGAAAGAGGGUAUUAUGAGGACUGUUCUAAUGAUCUCUAUAAUGUAAUGAAUAAUAAUUUAAUCUCCGGAAUAGCACAUUAUAAGAAAUAUUUGGAUAUGCCUGAAAAAAAAAAUAUACCUACUGUGCUUAGUGAACAACAAAAUUAUUUUAAUGUAGAAAAAAAUGAAAAACGAAAUGAAUAUUCCGUAUCUCCCAAAGAGAUAAAAAAUUUUAAGGAAUGUCCAGGUUGGCUCACCAAAAGGAGAAUAAAAAAAUAUUUUGAUUUUUGUAUAGUUAAAUUAUGCAAACCUACCUUAAUUAAAGGGAUAGAUAUCGACACAAAUAAUUUUCUGGGUAAUUAUGCACCAUAUGUUUCUAUUGAAGGUGCAUAUAUCGAAGACGAUAUUUUAAUGAGUAAAGAAUCCUUUUCGAAAUAUGUGGAUCAGGUUAAAUAUGAGAAUAAGAAAAAUAAAGGAUUCAUGUUUGAGAAGGAUUUUUUCCCCUAUCAGUCUUGUCAAGGCAAGGGCAGUAAUGAAAGCUGUUCUCAUAUCGAACAAGCUGAACGGAAUCCAAAUGGCCUGACAGAUAGAAAUGGCGUGAAUGACAGAAAUGACGAAUGUAGACAUAAACAAAGUAGCAAUAAUGAAUUGAGGAAAAACAUCUUCGAAAGGAGCACAAGCAAUAUAGAGGAAAAUCGUUUCUGUAGCAAUGAUAGUAAGCGGCUGGGUGAUAACCUGCUUAACAAUAGGGAAGAGGUAGAACUAGUGAUAGAUGGAAAAACAUACUUCAAAAGGAAUAAAUAUUUUUAUGAACCUAUUUUAAUAGACCUUACUGACAAAUCUGAUCAGGAAUACGAAAAUUACUUAGAAAUUUUAAGAUAUAAUGAUAAGUUUAAAAAAUUGAGGAAUAAUCAUAAACCUGCAUCAUUUGUGGCUAACGGAAAUGAAUAUCGUUAUAUUGAUAACAAGUUAUACACACUUGUUGAUGUUACCAAAGAAAUAGCUAGUAGAUACCCUGGGAUUCAGAAGGGAUGCUUGUUAAGGAGUUCCUCGCCCCCAAAUGGAAAGGAUAGAAAUAGGAGUAAUAACAGUAACGUGAAAAAUUAUCAGAGUGGUGAAAAGUAUGGCAAUCUCUUCCUCGAUCAUUCGUACAAUGGAAAAGCUAGUGCAUUAAACAGGAGCGAUGUAAAAAGGAAUGUUACAAAAGGGAAUGUCAUAAAUGGAAGUGACAUUCACAGCAAAACACACAUUCUGCAUUACGACACUGAGCAGGGAGAAGAAGAGGAACCGGAGAAGCAAGAAAGAAAUGGAAAAAACGAAGCAAAAGAAGAAGAGAAGCAAGAAAGAAGUGGAGAAUAUGAAGAAGAGGAAUAUCCAUUUCUCAUGAACUCUUACAAUUCAAACAUGCUAUUUUUAGAUAACGAUUAUUCAGUAGAAAAGAAAAUAUACAACGAUUUGCAUAAGCAAUAUCAAUGGGUAUCCAUUUUAGAAGAUGAAAGAAUGAAUCCAGGUUUUAAAAAUUAUAAUCAUAAUUGUUUUAACAUAAAUACAUGUAACAAAAUAUUUACACAUUUGAUCGUUUGCUUACUACCAGAUGGUGGGAUAAACAAAUUACGAGUUUAUGGAGAAAUAAAAAUAAGCGAAAAAAUGAGAAAACAAAAUUAUAAGAAAACAAUUAAUGUAUGUAAUAUUUUAGAUGGGUCAAAUGUUGUUUAUACAACUGAUGAAUUUUAUGGAAAAUCGGAAAACAUAUUGAUCGAUCAGAAUUCCAACUAUGUAAUGGGAUGGCAAACAAGAAGAUUAAUAAAUAGACCCUUACGUUAUGUUGAAAAUCUGUCAUUGAAUAAUAUUUCAUCCAUAUUCUUUAAUAACAAUUAUUGCAUAAUUAAACUAAGUUUUCUUACGAAUAUUAAAUAUAUAGAAAUAAAUACCAUAUUUUAUGAGUAUAAUUUUCCUAUAUGUGUUUCUAUUGAUUAUUGUUAUUUGAAGCAAGUGCAUUCAGAAGAAAAAUCAAAUCAAAUUCAAUUCUUCAAUGAAAAUAUACAUAACAUUCAGUGGAAGCAGUUAUUACCUUUGUCAUAUAUUAAGGGCAAUCACAUAAACUUUUUUACCGUAAAUAAUAACAACUCAGAUGGAGUUCCUUUGAAUGACAUCAUAUCUUCACACCUCCGUUUGAAUAUAUACCCUGAUGGUGGCAUAAACACUAUAAAAGCAUAUGGAGUCGUUGUCGAGACGUAA